UAUAUUUAUUCAUAUCAGCUUAAUUAACUCUUUCCAUUCCUUUUAUUCUAUUCCCUUUUCCUCUAUUAUAUUACAUAUAUUAUAUCUUCAUUUAGUACAUAUAUACGCACGUCUUUUUUUUAUUUUUAUUUUUAUUAUCUUUUUAAUAUAUCGGUAGUGAUGGAUAUGUUUGUACGUGGAAAGUCGAAACCCAAACGACGUCCUGAACUAUCAACACCAAUCAUCUCCACUCCUAUACCCCAACGAUCUUCCAGUCAUAGUUCUCAUUCUCCAACUGGUCAUAGUCCUCCUUUUACAAAUACAAAUAGUGGUUAUACUUCUAUUGCUUCAACUAAUACUGAAGACUAUUUCUCUGGACGUGGUGAUGGAUCCUCUAUACGAAGUUCUCAAUCAUCAGCUACUUAUUCCCUACCAAGUAAUGAUAACGAUACCAUGAAUACUCAUCCUGAUAAAUUGACUGAUACUGAAAUACAAGAUCUUUUUGAAAAAAUGCUGACAAGAAGAGGGAUUCAUGAUCCUACAGCAAGAAAUGUUAUGAUUGGCUUCACUAUGGAAAAGAAACGAUUGAUGGUAACUCAAGAUAUACAAGCUGAAGCUGUCAAUGCUUCUAAUAUCCCUUCUGCAACUAUAUCUACAAGACGUACCGCAGAUCGAAAUAAGGAGGUGGAAAAUAGUCCUGAAUAUUUUGUCAAGAAAUUAUCAGAAAAAGUCAUUAGUGGGAAAGUGAUUGGUCAUUUAGCUGUUGGUUUACGUACAAUGCCUCUUAGUUGGGUUAGACAAUUUAUUGAAAUGCGUGGUUUACAACUUGUUACAGAAUCAUUAACCAAUUUGAAUAGUAUCAAACAAAAACGAGAUCUAGAAAUUCAAAUUGAAGGUGAUAUACUGAAAUGUUUCAAGGCAUUAUUAAAUAACAGGGUUGGUGCCAAGGAAGCCAUCAAACAUCCUCCUUGUAUUCAACAAAUUGUUAAUUGUAUUGUCUCUCCCUCUAUCAUCACUCGUCGAUUGGUAUGUGAAGUUUUGGUCUUUCUUUGUUAUUUUCAAGUACCAUUAGGUCAAGAAAUGGUUCUUAAGGCUAUGGAUCGUAUGCGUGAUUCAACAAGAGGAUUGGGUCGAUUUGAUUUGUGGCUACGAGAAUUGGAUAUUUCUUUGGGUGGUCGUGGACGUAUGGGUAGUAUGGUCGGUGCAAGCGAUGACUUUAAGCGCUUAGGUUCUCAUGGUAGUGCAGCUGAUAGUCAAUUAGCUGAAUACGCUCUAUACAACAUGAUCUUUGUCAAUGCAAUCAUCAAUGUGGUAGAUGAUACCGAAGUUCGAAUUCAUUUACGAAAUCAACUCAAUGCAUCUGGAUUGGAAAGAGUGAUGGAAAAGAUGGCUGAACUUGGCAGUGAACAUGUGGAUCGACAAAUUCAAGAGUACAAGAAUUGGUCUGAAAAUGAUCAUGAUGAUAUUAUGGAAAUAUAUCAUGAAAAAGUACUUCGAAAUAUGAAUGAUCCAAGGGAUGUAUUUGAAUGUGUAUUAUCAAGUGUAGAAGGCUCUCGUGGAUAUGACUUUUUUCUCAGUUGUCUUCAACAUAUGUUAUUGAUUCAAGAAGAACAUGGUCUCAAAUCAAGAUAUUUUCAAAUCAUUGACAAUUUGGUGACUCAAGUAGUACUGGAUCAUAAAGGCUUGGUGGAAGAUUUCUCAGCUUCUUAUGGAACUUCUGUACGACAUUUAGUGGACAAGUUUGCAGAUCAAGAUCAAUUACAAGCUACAUUGGAAGAAAUACGAACAUUACAAGAGAUGUAUGAUGAAGUUGUCAAGGAAAGAGAUGAUCUUAAAGUUCAACUUUCUCAAGGAAGUGGUAAUGAUGCAACGCAAGUAACUCAGCUCAAGGAAAAAACAGCAUCUUUGGAAGAUCUUCUUCGGAUGUCACGUCACACCAUUUCAACACUACAAGGGAAACUCCGGGAUUUACAACAGGAUUAUGAACGAAACUUGGAAAAGGCUCAAUCCCAACUCGAUACUUUUUAUAAAGCAGUGGAUGAUAUGGACGAAGCGGAUGGCAAGGAUGAAAUUGUACUGAAUAGAAAGGAUUUAGCUAAAGCUGUUGGUCGUAUUCGUGCUCAAGAAAGUUUAGAAGGGCGUCAAAAUCGUGAAGUGGAAAAUACCAAAGACAAGGAAUCGGAUGCAAACUCUUACAAAUCUAUGGCAAUGGGACUCUCUGAAGAAUUCAAAUCUCAAUUAGCGAUGCAAUUUGGUUCAAGUACCAGUUUAAAUGAUUUCGUUUUACCAGGCACUCUACCUUUGAUGGGAUCUGCUCAACGUCGACCAAAACCUUUACGGCGUCAACUUCAUAACGAUGAAUUUAGAAAAUCACUAGCUUCAACUCUGUCAUCUGUGGAUACAUCUACUUCAUCUCGUGAUAGUCAAGCGGAGAAAAAUGGAAUAUCACCUUUAGUUUCACCAAAUUCACCAAUACAGUCAAUAGCUGACACAACAAAUGUAGCUGGUUCAAUAGAUUCAACAGAAAAGGAAGUCAGGCAUACAUCACUGGAUGAAGUACAGAUGAUCUCAGCAAAUACCACACCCAGUUCAGCCAGAUUAUCGACGACAACAACAACAGCAACAACAACAACAGCAGCAGCAGCAGCAACAACAGCAGCAGCAACAACAGCGGAAGCAACAACAGCGGAAGCAACAACAACAAUAACAACAACAACAAAAGCUGUUAUUGAUGAUACAGCACUUCCAUCUCUAUCGCCAUCAUCACCAGUUAAUAAGACAACUGAACUUGGAAACGAUACCAAUCACUCCACUGGAUCUCUUGGAGUUUCAACAUCAUCUUCGUCAUCAUCGCCACCGCCAACGUUUUCUCCUGCUACCGUGAAUCAAAAUACGAAUUCUGAAUCUAUUCCACCGCCACCACCACCACCUCCUCCUCCUUUAACCAUGGUUCAAUCUACAAAUUCGACUGAAUUCAUUCCAUUACCGCCGCCACCACCACAUCCGAUGAUCAAUCAAACUACAAUUCUGACUGAAUCCAUUUCGCCACCCCCACCUUCUCCUCCUACAACGAAUCAAAAUUCGAAUUCUACUGGAUCAAUUCCGUUGCCACCACCACCACCGCCACCAUCAGCUGGUCUUGGGACAUCAAACGGUCCGUCUUCAUUCACUGCAGCCAUUAAACGACAAGCUAAGAACAAUGAAGUUAGAAAGUCUUUUGUACCACCAUCCAACAGAAAAUCAUCCAUCUCGAUCGAUAUAUCCAAAGGAAAUGAUCCGACUCCUUCUCCUCCUCCACUUCCACCUGUUGCAGCUCCUCCACUCAACGUUAUGACAAGGAAACCAGUCAACCACCUUCCCAAUGUCAAGACACGCGCUCUUCAAUGGCAAAAGAUCAAUAUGCAACAAAUCAAAUCUACUAUUUGGGAAUCUACACAAGAUAUCGAAAAAGGAUGGGAAUCGAAAAUGGAUUCUGAAGGUUUGUUUGAUAUGAUGGAGGAAUUAUUUGCUCAAAAGGUGAUUCCAAAACCCAAGAAACAAAUGCGUGAAAAGAAACAAGAAAUCAAUAUCAUCGAUUCCCGCAAGGCAUAUAAUAUCAAUAUUGCAAUCUUGGCGAAAUGCAAGCAUAUACCCUUCGACGAAAUCAAACGAAAAAUAUUGGCUGUUGAUGAGAAGUUUUGUACCGAAAUUCUAUUACGUAACUUGCAACUCAAUGCACCAACACCUGAAGAAAUGGGGAAAUUGUCCGUCUUCCUCAAAACUGCUUCUGAAGACGAUCUACAAAACUUAUCAAAACCCGAUGCUUUUUGUGCCGAGAUUAUAUCCAUUGAUCGAUUCAAAGAACGUAUUGAUUGUAUGCUGUUCAAGGUGACUUUUCCAGAACGGAUUACUCAAUUAGGACGAAAUAUGUCAAAUGUAAUGGAAGCAUCUACGUCUUUAAGAGAAUCAAAGGCCUUCAAAGAUUUUCUAAAUAUCAUCCUGCUGGUUGGCAACUUCUUGAAUGGGACCAAUUUCCAAGGUGGCGCAUUUGGUAUUCGAAUUGCUAGUAUCAACAAGCUUAUAGAUACAAAAGCUUCCAACAAUGAUUCAACACUUCUGCACUUUUUGAUCAGCACUAUGGAAAGCAAGUUUGCGACCACAAGUAUGCAGUUAUUGGAAGAUUUACAACUAUGUGGGGAAGCAUGUAGAGUGACGAUUCAAGACUUAGUUAAGGAUUACAAUGAGUUAAGAGUUGGACUACAACAAAUCAUACAUGAAUUAGAUCGACAUUAUGGAGAUGACUACGUGGCACCAGAAGGGGAUAAAUUUGCAAGCAUCAUGUCAGACUUUAGGGAUACAGCAGUAGAGAAGUUUGAUCAGUUGGAAGUUCGGUAUACAUCUAUGGAUGUAGCUUACAAGGAUGUGGUGACGUAUUUUGGAGAAAAUCCUAGUGAUAUGAAGCCAGAUGAAUUCUUCAGUAUCUUCAAAACAUUUACAUCAAGUUGGGAACGAGCAAAAAGUGACUUGGAAGCCAUUCGUAGAAAACAAGAACAAGCAGAAAAAGCAAAGAAAUAUGAGGAACAACGAAAAGAACGACUCAAACAAUCACGAUCAGGGGCACAGGCAAUUGAAGCAAUUUCUGAUAAUCAAGAUGACAAGCAUAUUAUGGAUAAUUUACUGGAACGACUUCGAUCUGGUGAAAUGGCAACAGCGACCAAACAACGUAGUCGACGCAAUACACUUAGAGAAAGACGAAAAACCAAAACGGAAUCAGUGAUGAUCAAGGCAGAAGAUUUAUUGAAACAUAUGCAAAAUGAAAUUGAAAAUAUUCCUCCUGUUCAGCAACAGCAACGAUCUCGUAGUGGAUCUAAAAGACUGGCAAGUUCUCAACGAAUGGAACGAUUGGCAAGCUUAAAAGAAGAAAUGGCAGGUACAUAAUUAUUUUUAUUUAGUUUGUUACUUAUAGUAUACCUCUUCAUUAUUCUGUAUUUAUCUUAAUGUAUUAUCAACCUUCCCCCCCUUGAUUUUUAUUUUAUUUUUUUCCCUUUUGUACAAAUGAUUGAAAAUAAAAAAAAAAGCAUGGACUUUAAUUCUUUUUUUGGGAUUUUUAAGUCAGUUUUGGUGGCAACCAAUCCAAAAAGUCCACCCAAUAAAUGGUUUACAACACCGCUUUCG